AUGUUGGAAAGAGACUGUACCGAUCAGUGGGACAAUCAAGAUUGGUCACAAUUCUGUGCUUUGCUCGGGUUAAAACUCGACUUCCUUGACCGCCUCGACGAAAUGCCGCCCGAAUUGCGUGAUCGUUAUACACUCACUGGCUGGAUAACUACUUUCUUGAAAGCAAAGUGUGAGUCAGUUUGCUCGAAAACCAAAUCAUCACUCACCAUAGAUUUGCUUGACGAAAUCGGUUUUGACCCGCACAGUAAAGCCGUUGAAACAAUAAUGACGCGCGCAUUCGCAGGAAAUUCGCAACGCCACGUUGAAGCGUGCGAAUGGGCAGAAAUUUUUAUUAGGGAUGAGCUGAAGUACAAUCCUACAUGGAGUGCCCUGUCUGUGAACUUUCCCUUUCAAAGUAACAUAACCAAUUUAUGGUUUCACUUCCCGAAUAUGACAAACGAGGAUAGGAAAAGUCAAGAAAGCCCUCGCCACGUCAAUAUAAUGAACUGCGUGACGAAGGAAUCUCGUGCGUGUAGAGACACUCAUACAUUGUUCGACAGUAAGUCACAAGGUGAACAAAACGUGGUGCUUUUUCAUGGCACAGACCAUCUCAGCGCGGCCGACAUAUUAGUCCGGGGAAUAGAUUUGUGUGCUGGAAGACAGAAGCGUGAUUUCAGCUGUGGCUCAGGCUUUUAUUUGACAAGAAAUUUAGGUGAUGCUCUAGACUGGGCAAAGAGCACCACAGCAAAGCCCGCCAUUUUGGCUUUUCAAGUCGACAGCAGGCUUUUGGAUAAUUCUAGGAGACUUAAUUUAUUCGAACAUGAAGAUAGGUGGCGCGAAAUUGUUUCUUCGUUUAGAUUGGGUCAGAGAACAGCUAAAACACGAAAGAGUUUGAUAACCUCUUAUGAUUUCAUUGAAGGACCUAUUGCCACACUGACGACAAACGGAACAUCUGGCGAGUUACCGUUUGAGCCCAGACCCUCAUCUUUUCAAAUGUGCCUCAUUUCAGACGAAUUGGCGGAGGCUUUUCAGCAGACUCUUUACUCGGUUGUAUUUUUUGAUAUCAGAUCGUAG